CGCAUAGCUCCAACAACCUUACACAACUCCCACAAUUUUGAUCGAUUUGUGCAGUGGCUUGAGCACUCAGCCAGGCUUAUCAUCUCUCUUCAUAAUGGCCAGGGUGCUAGUCCAGGGAGCAAGUAGGGGCAUAGGGCUGCAGUUCUGCCAUCACAUCCUCAAGACCAAGCCUGAAUCUGUAGUGAUUGCUACCUGUCGGAAUCCUGAUACAGCAUCUGAAUUGCUGGAACUGCAGUCACAGUAUGACAGGAAGUUAAGAAUUAUGAGAUUGGAUGUGACAAAAGAACACGACGUAAAGACAGUUUCAGAGUUGGUCGGGUCACAACCAGGUGGCCUGGAUCUGUUGAUCAACUCUGCUGGCAUGUUACAUCCAUCUGGAAAAGGGGAGACCAGUUUAAAGGAUGUGACUCCAGAGGGUCUGCUGGCUACUUUCCAAGUGAACACAGUUGGUCCUCUAAUGAUGGCGAGGUAUUUCUACCCCCUCUUAGCCAGUGGUGGUGCCGCAUUUGGAAAACAAGCAGCAGAGAAAAAACAAAAACAUAAUGGAGUCCUCGUCAACAUGUCUGCCAAAGUGGGAUCCAUAACACUAAAUGGACUUGGUGGAUGGUACAGCUACCGAAUGUCUAAGGCAGCACUAAACAUGGCGACCAAAAAUCUAAGCAUAGAAUUGGGUAGAGGGCAAAAGAAGGUCAUAUGCCUAUCCUUGCACCCUGGAACAGUGAAUACGGACCUGUCAAGACCAUAUCAUAAAGGCGUCCCAAAAGAACAGCUAUUUUCUAGUGAACAUUCUGUGAACUGUCUCAUGAACAUAAUAGAGAACGCAACUCUGGAAGACUCUGGGAAACUUUUCAAUUGGAGUGGCGAGGCGAUUCAGUAUUGAAUAUGACAAGAUAUUGAGUUUCAUCACGAGACGGGAUUCAUUUCUUUGGACUUUUUAAUCAUAAAUACACAUGCAUUACUGUUAGCCAGAAUGCUAGGGAUAUUUUGAGUACGGAGCACUGUGCAAGAUAUGUGUAAAUUAGAUAAUAAAUUAUGUUGUCUCGCACUUUUGACGGCUUAAACCAUCAUGCUGCACAAAACAGAAGAGAAGAAAGAGUUGUCUUGUAAAAAGUUUACUGCGAUCUUAUAUGUACAGCUCGAAUACAAAGAAAGGUUACAAUUUACACAAA